CUGCCAGCGCGUGGAGGCCCCGCCCCGUCGCGCGCCCGCGAGGCCAGGCUCCGCCUUCCGCCCCUGACCCCGGACCGCUCGCAGGGCCGGGACCAGAACCACCACCGCGCGUCCCGCCGACUCCGGCCUCCACCACCCGAGCCCAAGCGACAUGGCUGCGCCGGCCAAGGCCGAGAACCUGUCCCUGGUGGUGCACGGCCCCGGGGACCUUCGCCUGGAGAACUACCCCGUCCCGGAGCCUGGCCCAGACGAGGUGCUGCUGCGCAUGCACUCCGUGGGGAUCUGCGGCUCCGACGUCCACUACUGGCAGCACGGCCGGAUCGGGGACUUCGUCGUGAAGAAGCCGAUGGUGCUGGGGCACGAAGCUGCGGGGACGGUGGUGAAAGUGGGGUCCUCGGUGAAGCACCUGAAAGCAGGUGACCGCGUCGCCAUCGAGCCUGGGGCCCCCCGAGAGACCGAUGAAUUCUGCAAGGUGGGCCGGUACAACCUGUCCCCAACCAUCUUCUUCUGCGCCACACCCCCGGACGACGGGAACCUCUGUCGCUUCUACAAGCACAACGCCAGCUUCUGCUACAAGCUCCCCGACGGCGUCACCUUCGAGGAAGGGGCCCUGAUCGAGCCUCUGUCCGUGGGGAUCCACGCCUGCCGGCGCGGCGGAGUCUCCCUGGGAAACAAGGUCUUCGUGUGCGGCGCGGGGCCAGUCGGGCUGGUCACCUUGAUCGUGGCCAAAGCAAUGGGCGCAGCGAUGGUGGUGGUGAGUGAUCUGUCCGCCUCUCGGCUGUCCAAAGCCAAGGAGGUCGGGGCUGACUUCGUCCUCCAGAUCUCCCAGGAGGGCCCCCAGGAGAUCGCCAGCAAGGUGGAAGGGCUGCUGGGGUGCAAGCCGGAAGUCACCAUCGAGUGCACCGGGGCGGAGAGCGCCAUCCAGGCGGGCAUCUACGCCACCCGCUCUGGGGGGACCCUGGUUCUGGUGGGCCUGGGUGCCGAGAUGAUCAACGUGCCCCUGGUGCACGCCGCCGUCCGGGAGGUGGACAUCAAGGGCGUGUUCCGGUACUGCAACACGUGGCCCAUGGCCAUUUCCAUGCUUGCAGCCAAGGCCGUGAACGUAAAGCCCUUAGUCACCCAUCGGUUUCCUCUGGAGAAAGCUCUGGAGGCCUUCGAAACAUCCAAAAAGGGGGUGGGGGUGAAGGUCAUGCUCAAGUGUGACCCCAACGACCAGAACCCCUGAGGCGACCUGGGCCGUCACCCCCCCCCCGGCCUCUCUGCGUCGCGGGGCCCAGCGGUCGGCCAAUCUGUGCUCGGAGCCGUCAGGAUGAUAAUGUAGGGCUGGGCAGUGGUUCAGGCCGGGUGCUUGCCUAGCACGCAUGAAGCUCAGGGGUUAAUCCCCAGUCCUACCAAAAAAUAAAAAAAAAAUGAAAAAUGAGAAAAAAUGUAAAUCAUGAAUGUAAUUCAUUGCCAACAGAGAGCCUUCCAGAGGGGUAGGUGUGCCUUAACGUCACAAGCAGAGGCAGUUCUGGGGGGACUGGGCACCAGCACUACCCCGCUCUUGAGGAGCCAAGGUGGCUGUGGGGUGCCGGGUCCCCUCUUCAGAUCCGGCCCUCAGGUUCCUGGCUCCGCUGUGAUGGGCUGAGUACUGCAGAAAGAUCAUCGCGGAGUCCCACCUGGCCUUGGUCGGUCACUGGCAGGGUGUGGGCGGCGGUGGUCAGCAGUCGUCGUCACAGUACGGGGCUCUGGAGGAGGAGAAGAAAGAGGGGACCAACUUCCUGGGCCCAGGAUGACGUCGAGGUCAAUCAAGGAUUAAAACCUAGCGAGCCUGCAGUGCUGUGGUGCAGAAAGAGCUAGGGCCCUUCUCAGACAGCUUGGAGACAGGCUCUUCCACCCCUCGGAGCCCCUCCCAGCAUCCCAGCCCCACCAGGGUCCCUGUUGCUAGGCAACCGGAGGACUUCCGCCUGCGGGCAGUGGCUGGCAGACCUGAGCGUUUUGGCUCUGCCCGCCCCACGGUCCGAAUCCCCACACGGCUCACUCAGGGACCAUUGUCAGGCAGUUCAGCCGCGUCCUGUCAUUGGAGACAGUAAACUCUCCCCUCCUCUUAGUCACAGGGCACUGUGUACCUAUAAUCUCCACCACUGGGCCGCACCCCCAGCUAAGCCUAUAAUCUCAUCAACUCAGGAGACUGAGGCAGGCUGUUUGCAAGUUCAAGGGCAAGCUGGGCACAUUUAGUAACACUCUAUCCCAGAAUAAAAAGGACAGGAAUCUAGCUGAGUUGUACAAGGUCCUGGGGUGUUUUGUUUUGUUUGUUUGUGUUCGAGGUAGGGUCUCUUUAUGUAAUCGCAUGCACUGUGUAACCCAGGCUGGCCUUGAACUUGUGCUGAUCCUCCUGCCUCAGCCUCAGGAGUACUGAGAUUAUAGGCGCACUGACCACACCCACCUGUGUCCCAGGUUCUUGCAAAGAGCAAAAGAAAAGGCUCUUGGUACUUUGCUGUCUGCAGGAAAAGACAUCUCUGACCGUGUCUUCUACUCAUGACGAGGUUUCUCUGUGUAAGACUGGGAUCCAGAUCAUAAUGUACGCUUGGCGAUUCAGAGAUGCUUAAUGGAGAGUGAGGGUACAGCGGCUGUCAGCCUCUCGCUGGAGCUGCGGGUGGGGGUGUGUGGGAAGGGAUGUGGGUUUUCUUGUACCCUCUGCAGGCCUAGCCGGUGCACAGAACUCCUCCACCUCCAGCUGCCCCGGUCACGAAUCCCAUCAAAUCUGCCUGUCUAAGAAGCGGUGCCCUCAGCCUGCUGCGUUCUCAGAGGAAAGAAUCCCAGGACUUCUGCUGGGGACUCCCGCGCUGUGGGAGCCAGAAUCGCACUGACUGCUGGAAGUACUGUUUGUGUCCACUGUAACCCCCACAGCAAGCCAGUUACCUGGCAGUUACUUUGCAGAUGAUGAAGCAGGGAAAUAAAGUGGUUCUGCCAAG